AUGCCUGCAGCCACAAUCUCGGAGCCCAAGCGGCCAAUCAUUAUUGGAAAUGUCGCUGGGGCAAUGGAAGACUGUCCGUAUGCAAUGCAUCGCAUGGUAACCGAGGGUUACUUGGACGCAAUUACCGGCGACUGGCUCUCCGAGUUGAACAUUGCGUGGAAUGCCAUCAGGAAGCACGAUGAUCCAACCAAAGGGUAUGAGGUUGGCUUUCUAGAACAACUCGACGACUGUAUCGACAUCAUUGCGGAGAAGAAAAUAAAGCUUGUGAGCAAUGCGGGCGCUCUCAAUACCCCAGAAUGUGCGAAGAAAGUUCGAGAGAUUUGCGAGAGUCAUGGUCACGGCCAUCUCAAAGUUGCGUAUAUUGAAGGAGACGAUAUCACUGAGUACGUGACAAACCCAAAGAAGCAGCAGGAGAUAGGAGGCAUCGUCCACCUGGAUCAUCAAGAGCAGAAGUUAGACUCGUGGGACGAGAAGCCAUACUGUGGCGUGGCCUACUUUGGGGCCUGGGGCAUCGUGGAAGCUUUACGCAAUGGUGCCGAUAUAGUUGUCUGUGGCCGGGUUACGGAUGCUAGCCCAGUCAUUGCUCUGGCAGCAUGGUGGCAUAACUGGAGCUAUGAUGCUUGGGAUGCAUUGGCAGGAGCGCUCAUCGCCGGCCACCUUGUUGAAUGUGGACCAUAUGUCACUGGCGCGAACUUCUCAGGCCUGCGGACUCAUAUCGACGGCCUCGUUGAUCUCGGCUUCCCAAUUGCAGAAAUCGCGCACGAUGGAACGACCGUCAUCACCAAACAUCCGGGCGCUAAUGGGUACGUUGAAGAGCUCAAUGUGCGCGCUCAAUUUCUUUAUGAGAUCCAAGGCACCAAAUACAUCAACUCCGAUGUCACAGCAGAUAUCGAACAUGUGCAGAUUGAAGAUACAGGCGAGAAAGACCGUGUCCGCGUUUCUGGUGCCACUGGAUCACCUCCACCGCCAACCACCAAGGUUAUCACGGUUGCAAUCGGAGGCUACCAGGCGGAGGCAACAUUCUACAUUAAUGGACUGGAUAUCGACUUGAAAGAGAGAUUCAUGCGUCAGCAGCUGGAAUAUGCUUUUCGGGACGCCAACUUUUCGGAACUGAGCAUCGAGAGAUACGGCACUGCGGCAGUGAACCCUCGCAAUCAGGCAUCAGGCACGGUAUCCAUCAGGGUGCUCGUCAAAGGCAAGAAAAGGGAAGACAUUGACGAAAAAGUCUUCCGACAGCAUCUUUAUGCUUUACGGAUGCAAUUUUAUGCCGGAUACCACAUGUCGCUCGAUUUCCGUACCAUGGUCCCCAAAAUGUUCAUGCAGCUGUUCCCUGGCCUUGUCUCUUAUACCAAGCUCCCUCACCGGGUAGUGUUCCCGGACAAAACUAUCAAUAUUGAACACCACGGAAUCACGCAGCCGGCGCUAGGUAAAAGACCUAGCAAGGAGACCGCCAGACCCAUACCUUUGGAAGAAUUUGGUCCCACUAAACCAGCUCCGUUAGGAGCCGUUGCUCAUGGCCGGUCUGGUGAUAAAGGAGAUAACUGUAAUGUCGGGUUGUUUGCUCGCAACGCCGAAGAGUACAGCUGGUUGCAAAGCUUCUUGACUGUUCCUCGUAUUAAGGAAUUACUAGGGGAGGAUUGGAAAGAGUCUGUCUCCGUUGAGCGAUGCGAAUUUCCACAGAUCAUGGCAGUACACUAUCGUCUUUUAGAUUUCCUUGGAGGCGGAGGCGCCAGUAGCACAAGGAUUGACAUGUUGGGCAAAGGUGUUGCCGAGUACAUUCGCAGCAAGACUGUGGAUAUACCAGUGAAGUUCCUUGACAAUCCAAUUUCAUGGGUUGAGUGAGGCGAAUGAAGAUGACUUUUGGUAUUUUCAGCGAUAGAAGGAGCUAUCAACCCUUGCAAACUGCUUCCCACCUAGCCAACGAAGCUGCGCUGUAUUCUACUAGACAACAAAUACGUAUUGAUACGAGUUUUCAACGCCAAAAUCUUUGGACU